CAAGAGCUUCGGUCGCCAGCUCUUUGCAGAGCACAGCCUUCUGCAAAGCUCCGCCAGGAAGGAAAAAUAGCACCGUGGUGUCCCGGGAAUAUGCAAGGCGACCAGGGCAUCCUCCAGCGGUGAGAGGAUAGUCUGGCCAAGUGAGCCACCUGCGGUAGGGUCACCAUUGUAACUCCCAGGCAUUGUGCCAGAAGACCGGGCUGACCUGCGAUGUGGGUUUUUUCCUAAGAAGAGGCGCAGCUGCACCGGACACCCCAGGGAACUAGCAACCGUGCAACUUUUCCAGGUGCACGGAAAUGUCCCUUCAUCCUAUACCAGCCACCCAGUGUGUGUGUGUGGGGGGGGGUACUACUUAGCACCCCUGGGAGGGAAAAGAGCACCUGGAAGGGAAGGGUAUCCCAGUGUGCGGAGACCCCCAGCUUAGCACUUCGAUCUCCGAGUUCUCACAGGACAGGUCCUGGCCUGGCAGCACCUGCUGCGCCCUAGUCACCCCUGUAUUCCUAACCCCUGAAAAGGACUGCUACUGAGCCCUGCAGGCGCUCUUUUCCAAGGAACUGGAGAAGGUAGGCUAAAAGGGUGGUAGAAGGGGGUGGGGACAGCUGAGAGACAGUCCCAGCCUUCCCCGCCCUCCACCCCCACCACAACUCAGCAGCCGUCACGUGGUACCCAGAGUGGGAGGGGUGGGGGUAGAAGAGGCGAGACUUUUUCGGGUGCUCCGGAUCGCCACUAGUUCUUCAAGCCUCGGCAGCCAACUCCUCCAGAGGCGCUGCACUCCGCCCCGGGAAGCGGGAACCUGAGGUGCCAGGGACCAGUCUGUGGGAGCCCGGGGCGCGGGCGAUGCGGGCGCCGCGGGCGACACCUGCGGCUCCUCUCGGUGGCAGCCGUCGCCUGGGCAGCAGCAGCAGCAGCGCAAACCUCGGCAGCUACAGUCGCUGCGGCCCGGACAGCCUCCGCUGCUGUCGCCUCUGCUGCGGUCGCGGUCUCUGAUGCUCCUGCCCGCUCCCGGCCCUGCCGAUCCGGGAGGAUGUGGGUUCUCGGCAUCGCAGCAACUUUUUGCGGAUUGUUCUGGCUUCCAGGGAGCGGCAACGCGUACAGGAAGGGAACACACUGUGAGCGCUGGGCAUGGAGUCCAAAGAGAAGCUCCCAGAUCCGAGGAGAGCAAUCGGGAAGAUAUGGGUUGGCGCUGCAAAUUCAGUGCUACCAGUGUGAAGAAUUCCAGCUGAACAACGACUGCUCAUCCCCUGAGUUCAUCGUAAAUUGCACCGUGAACGUUCAAGACAUGUGUCAGAAAGAAGUGAUGGAGCAAAGUGCUGGGAUCAUGUACCGGAAAUCGUGCGCAUCAUCAGCAGCCUGUCUCAUCGCCUCAGCUGGGUACCAGUCCUUCUGUUCCCCUGGGAAACUGAACUCCGUGUGUAUCAGCUGCUGCAACACCCCUCUUUGCAAUGGGCCAAGGCCCAAGAAAAGAGGCAGUUCUGCCUCGGCCAUGAGGCCAGGGCUUCUCACCACCACCCUGCUCUUCAACUUAGCCCUCUGCUUGGCACACUGCUGAAGCUAAAGGAGAUGCCAACCCCUGCUGCAUCAUCUGUCUGGCACGCACUCUCUCACCUCCCUGAGUCUCUGCUGGGUGUCCUUCUGUUCUGGGUAGACAAAGGGGUCUUUUUGUUCCCUUCAAGUAAUGCAAGAUCGCCAUGCACAAAUACUUUGUAAGCUCUGAACCAAUUCAGUCUGGAUUUCCAUGGGUAGUUGAAGAAAACGCAUGGAGCAGUGUUUCCCAUCCCAGUCUGUGUAACCACCGCCAAGGCCAUCCUGGAAGAAUCAGCCCUUAGAAGUCAUUGAGAUAUGCAUCUGCCCUUCCCAAAGCCUGGAGCUUCCAUUCUGUCCCUAAUGGAGUCACAGUCUAUUCGGGGACUGCUGCGUGAAGGUAACUUUGCUUUUCUGAGAGGGAAGAGUCAGUUUCUGC